GUACACCUUUCUCUGCCGGGAAGAACAAUACACACAGACACUGUGUAUUGUGCACUGAUAUCGAGCAAUGUAUUGGGUUACGGCGAAAAACGUCGCCGUUUCAGUUCCCCGUUGGCGUUCACUGUCCCUUUUCCUCCGUCCACCACUUCGCCAGCGUUUCUUCUCUUUCUCUCCACAUACUCUGUGCCGAGAGCAGAUACGUUACUUGAAGGAGCGGAAGUUUUUUGCCACAACGGCAAAAAAACUCAAACAACCAAAAAGUGUUCCAGAGGAAAAAGACUAUGUUAAUAUUAUGUGGUGGAAAGAGAGAAUGGAAUUCUUGAGAAAGCCUUCUUCUGUUCUACUGGCUAAGAGGCUUACAUAUUGUAACUUGCUGGGUGUGGAUCCGAGUUUGAGAAAUGGAAGUCUUAAAGAGGGAACACUUAACUCGGAGAUGUUGCAGUUCAAGUCAAAAUUUCCACAUGAAGUUUUGCUCUGUAGAGUAGGUGAUUUUUAUGAAGCAAUUGGAUUCGAUGCUUGUAUUCUUGUGGAAUAUGCUGGUUUAAAUCCAUUUGGUGGCCUGCGCUCAGAUAGUAUACCAAAAGCUGGUUGUCCAGUUGUGAAUCUAAGACAGACGUUGGAUGAUCUCACACGUUAUGGUUUCUCUGUGUGUGUCGUGGAGGAAGUUCAGGGUCCAACUCAAGCUCGUGCUCGUAAGAGCCGAUUUAUAUCAGGGCAUGCACAUCCAGGCAGUCCCUAUGUUUUUGGCCUUGUUGGAGAUGAUCAAGAUCUUGAUUUUCCAGAUCCAAUGCCUGUUGUUGGAAUAUCCCGUUCAGCGAAGGGGUAUUGCAUUAUCUCUGUUUAUGAGACUAUGAAGACUUACUCUGUGGAGGAUGGCCUAACUGAAGAAGCCGUAGUCACCAAACUUCGUACUUAUCGAUGCCAUCAUUUGUUUUUGCAUAAUUCAUUGAAGAACAAUUCUUCAGGAACAUCGCGUUGGGGAGAGUUUGGUGAAGGUGGACUUUUGUGGGGAGAAUGUAAUGCUAGACAGCAGGAAUGGUUGGAUGGCAAUCCUAUCGAUGAGCUUUUAUUCAAGGUAAAAGAGCUUUAUGGUCUCGAUGAUGACAUUCCAUUCAGAAAUGUCACUGUUGUUUCAGAAAAUAGGCCCCGUCCUUUACACCUUGGAACUGCCACACAAAUUGGUGCUAUUCCAACCGAAGGGAUUCCAUGUUUGUUAAAGGUGUUGCUUCCUCCACAUUGCAGUGGUCUACCAGUCCUGUAUAUUAGGGAUCUUCUUUUAAAUCCACCAGCCUAUGAGAUUUCUUCAGACAUACAAGAGGCAUGCAGACUUAUGAUGAGCGUCACAUGUUCAAUUCCUGAUUUUACUUGUAUUUCAUCUGCAAAGCUGGUCAAGCUGCUUGAGUUGAGGGAGGCAAAUCACAUAGAGUUCUGCAAAAUAAAGAGCAUGGUCGAAGAGAUACUGCAGUUGUAUAGAAAUUCAGAACUUCGUGCUAUUGUAGAGUUACUGAUGGAUCCUACUUGGGUGGCAACUGGGUUGAAAGUUGAUUUUGAUACACUAGUAAAUGAAUGUGGAAAGAUUUCUUGUAGAAUCAGUGAAAUAAUAUCCGUACAUGGUGAAAGUGAUCAAAAGAUUAGUUCCUAUCCUAUCAUCCCAAAUGAUUUCUUUGAAGAUAUGGAGUUGUUGUGGAAAGGCCGUGUCAAGAGGAUCCAUUUGGAGGACGCAUAUGCAGAAGUAGAAAAGGCUGCGGAUGCUUUAUCUUUAGCUAUAACAGAAGAUUUCCUGCCUAUUAUUUCAAGAAUAAGGGCCACGAUGGCCCCACUUGGAGGAACUAAAGGGGAGAUUUUGUAUGCUCGAGAGCAUGGAGCUGUAUGGUUUAAGGGAAAGCGAUUUGUACCAACUGUUUGGGCUGGAACCGCUGGAGAAGAACAAAUUAAGCAUCUCAGACCUGCUCUAGAUUCAAAGGGGAAGAAGGUUGGAGAAGAAUGGUUCACUACAAUGAGGGUGGAAGAUGCAAUAGCUAGGUAUCACGAGGCAAGUGCUAAGGCAAAGUCAAGGGUCUUGGAAUUGCUAAGGGGACUUUCUUCAGAAUUACUAUCUAAGAUCAAUAUCCUUAUCUUUGCAUCUGUCUUGAAUGUGAUAGCAAAGUCAUUAUUUUCUCAUGUGAGUGAAGGGAGAAGAAGAAAUUGGAUUUUCCCAACAAUCACACAAUUUAACAAAUGUCAGGACACAGAGGCACUUGAGGGAACUGAGGGAAUGAAGAUAAUUGGUCUAUCUCCUUAUUGGUUUGAUGCAGCACGGGGGACUGGUGUACAGAAUACAGUAGAUAUGCAGUCCAUGUUUCUUUUAACAGGUCCAAAUGGUGGGGGUAAAUCAAGCUUGCUGCGAUCGUUGUGUGCAGCUGCAUUGCUAGGAAUGUGUGGGUUCAUGGUUCCAGCUGAAUCGGCUGUCAUUCCUCAUUUUGACUCAAUUAUGCUGCAUAUGAAAUCAUAUGAUAGUCCUGCUGAUGGAAAAAGUUCAUUUCAGAUUGAAAUGUCUGAAAUUCGGUCUCUGAUUACUGGUGCCACUUCAAGCAGUCUUGUACUUAUAGAUGAAAUAUGUCGAGGAACAGAAACAGCAAAAGGGACAUGUAUUGCUGGAAGUGUCAUAGAAACCCUGGACGCAAUUGGCUGUUUGGGAAUUGUAUCAACCCACUUGCAUGGAAUUUUUGAUUUACCCCUGAAAAUCAAGAAGACCGUGUAUAAAGCAAUGGGAGCUGAGUAUGUUGAUGGUCAACCAAUACCAACUUGGAAACUCAUUGAUGGGGUCUGUAAAGAGAGUCUAGCAUUUGAAACAGCUCAGAGAGAAGGAAUUCCAGAAAUAUUAAUCCAAAGAGCAGAAGAAUUGUAUAAUUCAGCUUACGGGAAUCAGAUACCAAGGAAGAAAGACCAAAUAAGACCUCUUUGUUCAGAUAUUGACCUCAAUAGCACAGAUAAAAGAUCUGACCAAUUAAAUGGUACAAGACAAAUAGCUUUGGAUUCUAGCACAAAGUUAAUGCAUCGAAUGGGAAUUUCAAGCAAGAAACUUGAAGAUGCUAUCUGUCUUAUCUGUGAGAAGAAGUUAAUUGAGCUGUAUAAAAUGAAAAAUCCGUCAGAAAUGGCAAUGGUGAAUUGUGUUCUUAUUGCUGCCAGGGAACAGCCGGCUCCAUCAACAAUUGGUGCUUCAAGUGUCUAUAUAAUGCUAAGACCUGACAAAAAGUUGUAUGUUGGACAGACUGAUGAUCUUGAGGGCAGAGUCCGUGCCCAUCGCUUGAAGGAGGGAAUGGAAAACGCAUCAUUCCUAUAUUUCCUAGUCUCUGGCAAGAGCAUCGCCUGCCAAUUGGAAACUCUUCUUAUAAAUCAACUUCCUAAUUAUGGUUUUCAGCUAACAAACGUUGCUGAUGGUAAGCAUCGUAAUUUUGGCACAACCAAUUUCUCCCCAGAACCUUCAACCGCGCUUAGAUGAACUCAUCAGUCUGUUCUGGAAGAGUUCAAAGUUGGUGUAUAAAAAUUGUAUUAGUUUUUGAAAAUUUUCAAAGGAUGAGUAAUUCAACUUUCAGUGGCUGCAGCAAUUUUGGGUUAGUUUUAGCUUCUCCACCUGUAUAUCUCAUCAUCACCUGUGAAACUAAGGGUUUAUUUAUGCCUUAUUUUGAUUUA